AUGUGUUUCCGCACCUGCCCCUCAUCGCCAUCACCCGCAACCCGGUGUUCCCGCGCUUUAUCAAGAUCGUGGAGGUUAAAAAUAAGAAGUUGGUUGAGCUGCUGAGGAGGAAAGUCCGCCUGGCACAGCCCUAUGUUGGGGUCUUUCUGAAGAGAGAUGACAACAAUGAGUCCGAUGUGGUGGAGAGCCUGGAUGAAAUCUACCACACAGGAACGUUUGCUCAGAUCCAUGAAAUGCAGGACCUUGGAGACAAGCUGCGCAUGAUUGUCACAGGCCACAGAAGGAUUCACAUCAGUCGGCAGCUGGACGUGGAGCCCGAGGGGCCAGAGCCAGAGUCAGAGAAUAAGCAGAAGUCUAGGAGGAAGCUGAAGAGAGGCAAGAAGGAGGCAGAGGAUGAGUCAGGCACCAAGCCCCAGCUGGAGGUGGUGCCUGAGGUCCCCACUGACACCCCUAAAGAGGUCCUCAUGGUGGAGGUUGAGAAUGUGACCCAUGAAGACUUCCAAGUUACAGAGGAAGUGAAGGCCCUGACCGCGGAGAUUGUGAAGACCAUUCGGGAUAUCAUUGCCCUGAACCCUCUGUACAGAGAGUCGGUGUUGCAGAUGAUGCAGGCAGGCCAGCGGGUAGUGGACAACCCCAUCUACCUGAGUGACAUGGGCGCUGCACUCACGGGGGCUGAGUCCCAUGAGCUGCAGGAUGUGCUGGAAGAGACCAAUAUACUUAAGCGGCUCUACAAGGCCCUAUCACUCUUGAAGAAGGAGUUUGAGUUGAGCAAGCUUCAGCAACGCCUGGGCCGAGAGGUAGAAGAGAAGAUCAAGCAGACGCACAGGAAGUACCUGCUGCAGGAACAGCUUAAGAUCAUCAAGAAGGAGCUGGGACUGGAGAAGGAUGACAAAGAUGCCAUCGAGGAGAAAUUCCGGGAGCGCCUCAGGGAGCUUGUGGUCCCUAAGCAUGUAAUGGAUGUGGUGGAUGAGGAGCUAAGCAAGCUUGCACUGCUAGACAACCACUCCUCUGAGUUCAAUGUCACCCGCAACUACCUGGACUGGCUGACAUCCAUCCCAUGGGGCCGGCAGAGUGAUGAAAACCUUGACUUGACUAGGGCCCAGGCUGUGCUGGAGGAGGACCACUAUGGCAUGGAGGACGUGAAGAAGCGUGUCCUGGAGUUCAUAGCUGUCAGCCAGCUCCGAGGGUCCACCCAGGGCAAGAUCCUCUGCUUCCAUGGCCCGCCAGGUGUGGGCAAGACCAGCAUCGCACGCUCCAUUGCUCGUGCCCUUGGCCGUGAAUACUUCCGUUUUAGUGUUGGUGGCAUGACAGAUGUGGCUGAAAUCAAGGGGCACAGGCGUACCUACGUGGGGGCCAUGCCUGGGAAGAUCAUCCAGUGUCUAAAAAAGACCAAGACAGAGAACCCACUGGUGCUGAUUGAUGAGGUGGACAAGAUUGGCCGAGGCUACCAAGGAGACCCAUCAUCGGCAUUGCUGGAGCUGUUGGACCCUGAGCAGAACGCCAACUUCCUGGACCACUACCUUGAUGUGCCAGUGGACCUGUCCAAGGUGUUGUUCAUCUGCACGGCCAAUGUCACGGACACCAUCCCAGAGCCCCUGAGGGACCGCAUGGAGAUGAUCAAUGUGUCAGGCUAUGUGGCACAAGAGAAGCUGGCCAUUGCAGAGCGGUACCUGGUGCCACAGGCCCGCACCCUGUGUGGUCUGGAUGAGAGCAAGGCCCAGCUGUCUGCAGCCGUGCUCACUCUGCUAAUCAAACAGUACUGCAGGGAGAGUGGAGUGCGAAACCUGCAGAAGCAGGUGGAGAAGGUGCUGCGCAAAGCUGCCUACAAGAUAGUGAGUGGUGAGGCAGAAACUGUGCAGGUGACGCCAGAGAACCUACAAGACUUCGUGGGGAAACCGGUCUUCACUGUGGAACGCAUGUACAGUGUCACGCCUGCUGGCGUGGUCAUGGGCUUGGCCUGGACUGCCAUGGGAGGUUCCACCUUAUUCGUGGAGACGUCUUUAAGGCGGCCCCUGCUUAGGGGCAACAGAGAGGACAAGGAGGGCAGCCUAGAGGUAACAGGCCAGCUGGGGGAUGUGAUGAAGGAGAGCGCCCGCAUCGCCUACACCUUUGCCCGUGCCUUCCUGAUGGAGCAGGACCCUGACAAUGACUUCCUGGUCACCUCACACAUCCACCUGCACGUGCCUGAGGGUGCAACUCCCAAGGACGGCCCUAGCGCAGGCUGCACCAUCGUGACCGCGCUGCUGUCUCUAGCUCUGGGACAGCCCGUGCUGCAGAACCUGGCCAUGACAGGGGAGGUCUCCCUUACCGGGAAAGUGCUGCCCGUGGGUGGCAUUAAAGAGAAAACCAUCGCGGCCAAGAGAGCCGGUGUGACCUGUAUUGUCCUGCCGGCCGAGAACAGAAAGGACUUUGCGGACCUGGCACCCUUCAUCACGGAGGGCCUCGAGGUCCACUUCGUGGAGCACUACCGCGACAUCUUCCGCAUCGCCUUCCCUCUGCAUGAGCAGCGUGAGGCGCUGGCCCUGGAGCGGUGA